AUGUUGUUCAACAAUAGUGCUGGGGAUUCUGUGUGUUUUGAUGAUAAUGGAGAAUUAGUUACAGGUUUUGAUGUAACAAACUGGAUUAUUUCCCCAAAUGGUUCCUUGUUUAGGGUCAAAGUUGGAAGACUGGACCCUCAGGCACCUUUAGGAAAACAGUUGAGCAUAAAUGAUGAUCAAAUUGUGUGGCAUAAAGUAUUUAAUCAGGUGCUUCCCCGUUCUGUGUGCAAUGACUACUGCUAUCCUGGGUACAGCAGGAAAAAGAAGGAAGGGGAGAAAUUUUGCUGCUAUGAUUGUGCUCCAUGUCCAGAAGGGAUGAUCUCUAAGUAUAAAGAUAUGGAUGCCUGUGUGAAAUGUCCAGAAGAUGAGUACCCCAACCAUCACCAAACCCAAUGCAUUGCCAAGGUCCCAAGCUACCUCUCUUAUGAAGAAGAUUUAGGACUCAUCUUAGUUAUCUUGACCAUUAUCUUCUCUCUGAUCACAACAUUAGUACUUGGGACUUUUCUGAAGCACAAUAACACUCCCAUAGUCAAAGCCAACAAUCGGACUCUCACCUACAUCCUUCUCAUCUCCCUCCUGCUUUGUUUCCUCUGCUCCUUUUUCUUCAUUGGACAGCCUGGAAUCGUGACCUGCCUUCUCCGACAAAUCACUUUUAGCAUCAUCUUUUCUGUGGCCCUUUCCAGUAUUUUGGCAAAAACCAUUACUGUGCUGCUGGCAUUCAUGGCAACCAAACCGGGAUCCAGGAUGAGGAAAUGGAUAGGGAAAAGGCUGGCAAAUUCCAUUGUCCUUUCCUGCUCGUUUAUUCAGGCUUGCAUAGGUACUAUUUGGUUAAGUACAUCCCCUCCAUUCCCAGAUACGGAUAUGCACUCACUGCAUGGGGAAAUCAUACUUGAAUGUAAUGAGGGUUCAGUGGCCAUGUUUUAUGGUGUCUUAGUCUAUAUGGGUGUGCUGGCCAUUGUCAGCUUCCUCUUGGCUUUCCUUGCCAGGAAGUUACCUGACAGUUUCAAUGAGGCCAAAUUUAUCACUUUCAGCUUGCUGGUGUUUUGUAGUGUCUGGUUGUCCUUUGUUCCCACCUAUCUGAGCACCAAAGGAAAAUAUAUGGUAGCUGUGGAGAUCUUUUCCAUCUUGUCCUCUGGUGCUGGGUUACUGGGUUGCAUCUUUUCCCCUAAAUGCUACAUUAUCAUAUUCAGACCUGAGCUUAACACCAGGGAACAACUAAUCAGCAAAAAAGGUAAAAGAACAUGA